AAUUUUCAGGUGUGAAUCCAGGUGAUCUCAUUGAUAAAUAUGUUCUCGCGUUGAUCCGCGAUAUCGAUUGCAGGUCACACCGACUGACUGAAGCUCUCGUGAAUGAAUAUACCAGGUUUGGCGUGGAGACAAUGAACUUACUAUAAAAUUGUUUCAUAUUUAUACGGUUGGGUUUAUGUUUACCGUAGGGGUGGCAGGUGCUGUUUGGUGUGUUGUGGUAUUAAUGACCCUGAACUCCCCCUAUGUAAUACUACGGUAUACAGCACCGGUACGAAUACACACCUACUAUACCGUCCUCCAAUGGUAUCGUCGGGCGCUGUGAUCACAAUAUAUACAGAGAGCAUGGGUGUAUAUCUACAGCAACAGUUAGCUUUAAGUUCUACCGGAUUGUCGGAGUGGUGCACACAAUGUGCUUAUACCUACAGGAUCCAUCAAUGAAAGUCUUACAACCUAAAAUUACCGGUCAGGAUGUGUAUAUACUGUCUUACAUUGGAAAUAUAUUACCGGUAGAGGGGCACGUGUGUGUUUGUGCGCGUGAGUGCUAAGUGUCGUGAUUUGUUUAGAUUUGUGACAGAUACGGAGGCUGAGAAUGUUGUCUCCCUCAUCCCAGCGCUCGUUUGAAUUGUUGGUGCUAUCGUUACUAUGUCUAGCAAGUGUAACUUGGACUAGACAGCCCUAUACAUUCCGGGACACCAAACAAGCGGAAUUCGUUCAAGGAUUAGAAAAGUAUGACUUCGCAAUUCCAUCCAGGGUGACGCCCGAGGGCACCCACAUAACUCAUUCCUUACACCCAAAUAUACGGCGGAGGAAGAGGAGUACAGAACAGGAGUUUUCUCAAGAGGAGACACCUGGCCACACGGUGCAUUAUAAAGUGAAUGUAGAAAAUAAACCUAUUUAUUUAAAAGUAAAACCUAAUUUUAAAUUAUAUCUUCCGUCCCUAGUUGUUGAAAGACGAAAAAGUGCGUUUGGGAAUGUGACGGAUUCUGUGUUUACCGGUGUCGCUCCUGAUGAGAAACAUUGUCAUUUCAUUGGAGAGAUUCUUGGCGAAACGUCAUCCACGGUAGCGCUGGAAGUUUGUAAUGGGCUGACAGGGUUACUGCGGACCAGUACUGGGACCUACUUUAUAGAACCAGUGAAAGGACAUCCUGAACUGGACAGCGGCCAUCCCCAUAUUGUGUAUCAACACUCAUCCCUACCGUCUAACAUCGGCCUUCAUAACCUACACAACUCACCCGACCAAAACUCUGCGUGUAAUGUUGAAGGUGAGGACAUUGGCCAUAAUGGACCAUCAGAAGAAGACAAAGAAAGCUAUGACCGAGCCGCAGAGAAUCGCCGCCGCCACACCCACAGUCGCAGGAAGCGCUCCAUCUCUAUCGAACGGCACAUCGAGGCCAUGGUGGUGGUGGACCCCGCCAUGGUGGACUACUACAAGAAUGAGGACGUGAAAACCUAUGUCCUCACCAUCAUGAACAUGGUGGCCACUCUCUUCCACGAAGCUUCUAUAGGGAACGCCCUCAACCUUGUUGUUGUCCGACUGGUGCUGCUCGAGGACCCACAGGAAGAACUGAGGCUUACCCACCAUGCUGAUAAAUCAUUGAGGAGUUUUUGUAAGUGGCAGAAAAAUAUCAACUUUAAAGACGACGACCAUCCCAACCAUCACGAUGUAGCCAUACUUCUGACAAGAAUCAACAUCUGUUCCCGUAUGAAUGAGCCAUGCAGUACACUGGGGCUGGCACAGGUUCCAGGGAUCUGUCUCCCACACAAGUCCUGUAACAUCAAUGAGGACACAGGACUCCCCCUGGCCUAUACUGUAGCUCACGAGCUAGGGCACCACUUUGGGAUGACCCAUGACAGUGUUCGGAAUGGCUGUGAGAUGAAGGACGGAGAGGAGUUCUUUUACGUGAUGGCUGCCCAACUGUUGGCCGUCAAUGUUCCUAUGAAGUGGUCAAGUUGUAGCAGGACAGCCAUCACCAAGUUUAUUGAUCGUGGCUGGGCGUACUGUUUGGAUGAUGAGCCUGCCGAAUUUCACCAUAAGGAAUUCCAGUACCCGAUUAUCCCCCCUGGUACCAUGUACGAUGCGGACCACCAGUGUCGUCUUGUUUACGGACCUGACGCCAUUCUCUGUGAGGGUGUGCAGGAGGAGAUGUGUAGUACGUUGUGGUGUCGUUACAAGAAUAAGUGUACCACCAAACUAGAGGCUGCAGCAGAGGGAACCGUAUGUGGGCAGAACAAGUGGUGUUUCAAUGGUGACUGUGUGGAGAUCGGUGAGCGCCCCCUGGCCAUUAACGGUAACUGGGGAGAGUGGAGUAGCUGGGCGGAAUGCAGUCGUUCAUGUGGGGCCGGGGUCUCUACAGUGGAGAGACACUGUGAAAACCCUCCACCAUCCAAUGGUGGAAAAUACUGUAUAGGGGAGAGAAAGCGGUACAGGAUCUGUAACACUGAUCCAUGUCCAGAAAAUACCCCUAACUUUAUAACAGUGCAGUGCCAAGAGUUCAACUACAUUCCGUACCGAAACAAGCUUUACCAAUGGGAGCCAGUGGAAAUGGAUGCAAAUGAUGCUCCGUGCCAGCUACACUGUAAGCCCAAGAACCGCUUCUUCUCCGUACUGCUGUCUGACAUGGUGGCUGAUGGGACACCCUGCUCACCAGGCAAACGCAACAUGUGUAUCAGUGGCCGAUGUCGGCAUGUGAGCUGUGACUGGCAGAUAGACUCCGCUGCGAGGGAGGACCGAUGUGGGGUUUGUCACGGGGACGGCUCAACCUGCGAAACUGUAAAGGACCAAUAUAACGAAACUCAGGGAUUAGGCUAUGUAGAAGCAACUGUGAUACCACGGGAGGCGAGGAACAUCCGGAUAGAGGAGGUGGCGGGGGCCAAUAACUACCUCGCCAUGCGGGACAACAAGGGCAAGUACCUGCUCAACGGGCACUGGUUCAUACAGUGGAGUGGGGACUACGAGAUGGCUGGUACCAUUGUCCACUACGAACGGGAAGGCAACAAGGAGAAGGUGGAGGCCGUUGGACCGCUCAAAGAACCCAUACAUGUCAUGCUCCUUCUCCAGUCACGUAACCCCGGUGUGAUAUUUGAGUACACGGUUCCUCGGGAGAACAUCACGGAGACGAGGGAGUCCGAGUUCAGAUGGAAGUAUAUGGACUGGACACAUUGUACAUCAUCCUGUGGGGGUGGAAGCCAGAGGUCACAGGUCGUGUGUGAGGAGCUGGAGGCAGGACUUGUGGAGGACCACUACUGUAACAGUUCCAGCAAACCUGAUGAUAAACAACGAGCCUGUAACCUACACCUGUGUCCUGCUAAAUGGUGGGCUGGUGCAUGGCAGCAUUGCUCCCUCUCUUGUGGUAAGAAUGGAGUACACCGCCGGACUGUGAUCUGUGUACGGAACUUAGGACUGGAUGAACAGAUCGCCCUGGAGGACAAAAACUGUAUGGAUCAGGAGAAGCCGACGGAGAUAGAACCAUGUCACCACAAGGACCCGUGUCCUGGUACCUCCAACUGGAUCAUCGGCGAAUGGUCACAGUGUCAUGGUAACCCUUGUGAGAAGCAACAUCGGUCUGUGUUGUGUGAAGAUCCGGAGAUUGGCUGUGAUGACUCCAUCAAACCCAGUCUGGAACAAUCCUGUACAAACAUAACAUGUGGAGUCUGGAGAACAGAACCCUGGUCUGAGUGUACACGGACAUGUGGAGGAGGAAUGAAGUCUAGACAGGUCCAUUGUAUCGGGGGAUCUAUGUGUAAUGUAGACGAGGAACCAUCCAUAAACAUGCUUUGUAACAACAUAGAUUGUCCAAUCACAACGACUGUUACAACAACAACAACCACCACGCCUGCCCCGACUACCACUACCACUACAACAAUGCGUGUCCCGACUACCACUUCCACAACAAUGACGUCUGCCCCGACUACCACUACCAUGACAACCACCCCUGCUCCAACUACUACACCAACCACUGCAGCCACCACAAGCCUCCCGACGGCUGCUCCAGAAACCCCCGUCCCCGCCACUAGUAGAGCUAGGGUGCCAACAUCAACUCCCAGUAUAGCCAGAGAUCUGCCUCUCCAAGUGGAGGAUGAAGGGACCCUUAGUGUUUUACCAUCUGACUCCAAUAGACAGGAAGGGGAGAAGUCUGUGGAACCUCCCCUCCAGGCAGGAGACAGUCCCUCUCCCUUCCAGAAUGAAGCCGUCAACACAGGAGUUGAUGUCAAUAUACACAUAUCCAGAUCCUCACAUCGAGACGGAGAUAAUGGUGAAGAUGUCAAUGUAAAGAAAAAAGAGGGGAACCGUGUGAUGGAGGGAGGGAUAGAGGAAGAUGAGGAGGACAAUGAUAUCAGUGAUGAUGAUGAGGGUUAUAAAACUCAACCAGAGUCAUUAGAAGAUCAGCCAAUGAAAGAGUCUGAAACAAAAACCCCAUCUAGUGAAAAUAAACCAAUCAACAAUCCUGUAACAGAUGAUAGGUCAAAUCCUGAAAAUGAUGGUGACUCUGGAACCGACAGACAUGAAAUACCACAGCCAAAAGAAAGUACACCUACACAGGAACGUCGUCCACCACCACCACUACAAGGCAGAAAAACAUUCCCUAGAACUGUAGAAACUCCUGACAAAGUUGUAGAAAAUUUACUGGAUUCAGAUGUACCAGAAAGUGCUCCAAAAUCACCGUCACGGGGGCAUAGACCAAGGUCGAGCUCUGGGGAGAAGAGAAUGAUGCCUCGACUACCAACAAGGGGAACAGGGAGGGGUGUGGGGGAAAAGAUGGCCGUCCGCCCUCUGCCCGACAGACCUAUGAUAAAGCCAGGACACAUGCCCAAGGUCCAUAGUGCAGGUUACGAGUGGAAAUCAGCUAACUGGACAGAGUGUUCACGAAUGUGUGGAGCGGGAAUACAGACCAGAACCAUCUUCUGUGUCGACAAGGCCAGUGGAGAGACUGUAGCCAACAGUCGAUGUGAGAUCCGACACAAACCGAACGCCAUUGACCGCUGCAAUGUCCACGCCUGCUCCGAGUGGGAGAGUAGUGGUGAUUGGAGCUCAUGUUCCGCUACAUGUGGUCUGUCAACAAAGAUGAGGCUGGUGACAUGUCCGAGGGGCCAGGUGUGUGACCCUGACCAAAAACCUGCGGAAACUAUGUCGUGCGACCUUCCUGCAUGUCUGGCUUGGGUUCAUGGCCAGUGGAGUAGGUGUUCCAAGACGUGUGCCGGUGGAGAACAGGUGCGACUCGUCCAGUGCGUCAACAUCACCUCACAGCAGAGGGGUGUCGGCUGUCCCACCCACACCAAACCUGAGGAGAGGCAGCAGUGCAAUAUAGAUCCCUGUCCAGAGAAUAACCAUGCUUUGAACAGACAUCGUUGUACCAGAGACAAGAUGAGCAACCAGAUUUGUCGCGCUCUGCGGAGAAUGAACCAGUGCUCCAAACUGUAUGUCCGUGUCAAGUGUUGUCUAACCUGUAAUGUACGGCAGUGGAGACAACGUCACAACCAGCGGCGCACUGCUAGGUAAAACCAUAGCAACACGCUCCUUAUUGGGGCUGUUUCUACAUGUUGACCUUGGAAAAAUUCCAUUUGGAAUGAGAAAGGCGAGGGAGAAAUUUUCCUGAACAUGAUGUAACUUCAAGGAAUUGUGAUUUGUGCUAAAUUUCAAGAUGAUAUGCUGAAUUUCUCCCGACAGACAAUGCAGUCAAUAAAUCAAAGACACUUAAGUGUCUGUGUGGAGACAAAGAAUGAAAGGCAAUAUUCAAACAUGCACUGAUCUUUACACAAAGUGAACUCCAUGGUGAUGCAGGGGAGACAACUGGUGUUAAAAAUAAUAGAUGUGUGUGUCAUGUGAUUAGAGAUAUUGUGUCAUGUGACCAGAUAUGAUAUGUCAUGUGAUCAGAGAUAUUGUAUCAUGUGACUAGAGAUGGUAUGUCAUGUGAUCAGAGAAGGUCCGACAGGUGUUACAUGUGGCAAAAUAUGAAGAAGAUUGAACUGUGCCUCUAGCUGCAUGCAGCUGUAUGUUUGAAAGUCUGGUGAGAUGUAUUAGGAUAACAGAUGUGUUCAGGACUUAUUCCUAACUCAUUGUCUCUGACGCUGUCCCAACAACACCGACUUGCGCUGUCCUACCCUGUCCAGAGUCGCACAAGUGAGAGUCCAAUGUGGAUUUGUCUGUGAUCUUAUAAGAACCUAGCUGCUACAUAAACCUUAAGCCACUUGUGUCUGGUAUAUAUUGACCUUUUCAGAUCUUGGUCCAGCAGGACCUAUCAGACGGAUUCUCCACGUACUAACUGAGAUCUCGGUCCAGCAGUUCUAUAAGACUGAUUCUACACGUACUUACUGAGAUCUCGGUCCAGCAGUUCCUAUAAGACUGAUUAUACACGUACUUACUGAGAUCUCGGUCCAGCAGUUCCUAUAAGACUGAUUCUACACGUACUUACUGAGAUCUCGGUCCAGCAGUUCCUAUCAGACGUGUAAAACUGUCUACUGUUUUCAUGUAACUACCAACUGGUGUGAUGACUAUAACAUAUUGGCCGAAUUACGUGUGUGAUUUUAUAGUAAUAAACAUUGAUGGCUGUAGAUGUAUUGACAUGUACUUGAUGGAGACUUGCUUAGUACUGCAAUGGUGACAACCUGUUGCUGUACACAUUAAGUCAUAUACAAGGUGCUGUGUUGGACUGGAAUGUGAUAAAGAUGUACUAUAGUCUGUUAGGUGUAGAACGAUAUAUUAGAUACCCACUGAUCAAUGACCUAUUACGUUAUGUAUGUGUACCCCAGGUCAGGGUGUUACACCUGCUGUGUCACUUGUUGAGGUUUUCCCACUAUAUAUAUAUAUAACAGAUUUAAUAAUUUGUUACUUGAGCUGCAUAGGGAUCUCUGUACAUACUAGAUUGUCUGAUGUUAUUGUAUGUCUAGAUUUUAUACACAUGUAUAGCAUCUUAACUUGGUACAUUAUUAUCAAAGAAGGAUAGCUUUUAUUAUUGAAUAAUAUAUGUAAAAUAUAUAUGUAACCAUGUUGAUUUGUCAGAUGCACUUGGUCAAAUUAACAUAUUUAUUUAUCGUUCUUAUGUGACAAUCUGUGAAGUUUGGUUGUUAAUGAAUAUUGAGAAAAUCUUCUCUUCACUCGAAGAAACUUGUUUUUAUGAUUUCUUUUAAUAUGUGUAAAAUAAUGAAUCUUUUAAUGAAGGGAGAGAAAGAUAUAAUGAUGUAAAAUUUGUUGUGUACUCAUUGCUGUAAGUUUGUUUUGGGAGUCCUUGGUCAGUAUUUUCUUCAUUAUUUCCCCAUUAAUAUAUUUAUACUGUAUAACUGUAAUACUAUAGACAAGUCCAGCAAUCCUUUGUUUCUUAUGUCCUUUGUUAAAUUACCUGUAUUCUGUUUAUCUAUUCUGAAGAACUGUGUUAUUUAUUCUAAUACAUAAACACCUUAACAUAGACAGUCCCAGCACUCUGUGUAGAAUAUCUCCCAAACUGAUGAGUUUCAAUUAUAUUGAUAUUUUUCUGGCAUUGCUUGCUUUGGCCAUCUACCAAAGCAACAAGUUUUAAUAUACAAAAGAAUUAUAUUUAUUAUGACGAUUUUCUUCUCCACAAAACAAAAACUGUCACUAAAGCAAUUUGAUUGCCGGAUCUUUCAAUUGUAAAGCAGGGAGCUCUUCCACAGCGCUUCCCUUAAUAAUAUAUAAUAUGCUCAUACUUUUCUGCAACAUUACUGGGACUAAUACUUUCAUAAUAUUCCAACUCUCUAAAAGGAUUCAAACCUAAUAACUUGUAUGAAUACUGUGGAAAUAUCAUAAUUUUAACAAGGAAAUAUGUAUUCAGGUUCUGUGUACAGUAAGUAUAUAUUCAGGGUCUAGAGUGUACAGUAAGUAUGUAUUCAGGGUCUAGAGUGUACAGUAAGAAGUGGUGGACCUCCUCUGUAUGUUUAAAAGCUAGAAAAUAAUACCGUAAAAACCCAUGUAAUUUGCGCACCUGUGUAAUUUGCGCACCUGUGUAAUUUGCGCAGGUACUUUUUGAGG